AUGAGCAUGCGCCCUCGCCUCCACUCCUUCGCCUCCGACCCGGACGCCGACUCGGUGGUAUCUCUCGACGGCCACAGCACGGGUGACGAACUGGGUCCAUCUCUUCACGCUGGCGGACGACCCCUCCCCGCCGUCAGGCACGUCAGGCCCGUCAGGCCCAUCCAGCGCCUCCCCCUCGACCGCCACAAUCCCAACUCCCGUCCUGACCUCGUCUCCAACAUCACCGCUACCUUCAACGCGAGGCUCGCACAGGCAAAACGCGACUAUGCAGAUCGCAAAGAUGCCCUCGAGCGCAAGUAUGGCCGGCAUAUACCGGCGGAGAUAUUUGAGCGGGCGUACAGUGACCAUGUGGCGAGGAAGUACGAUAUUAAGAAGACGUUUGGGAAGGUGAUGCUGAGUUACGGCUAUGGGGAGGAGGAGGAGGAGGAGGAGGAGGAGGAGGAGGAGGAGGAUGAGGGGAGGAAGAUGACGAGGGGGAAGAUGACGACGAGGAGUACACAUACGGUGGAACGCACGGGAAGUAUACGCAAUGGCUUCCGAACGACCACGACGUUCCCUCCGACACGGGAGAGGCGUGGGAAAUGGCCCGCAGAAAGGAGAUGUGGGCUACUUCUCUUCGCUUAG